AUGGCACGCUGUGCCCUCACUGUCACCAUCGCAGGUAUGGUGGACACCGUGGACCAAUCAGUAGGCAAGGUAUUCGAGACGCUCCAAGAAGUAGGCAUGCUCGACAACACUGUCGUUCUGUUCAGCAGUGACAACGGUGGCACACCUUUCGGUGACCAUUCGAGCCGCAGCUUCAACUGGCCCCUACGCGGUUUGAAGAUGUCGGUCUGGGAAGGCUCGACCAGAGUUCCCGCCUUUGUAUGGAGUCCCCUGCUCAAGCAGAAGCGCAGGGUGUCCAACCAGCUGAUGCAUCUCACCGACUGGUUUACUACAUUUUACAGACUCGCCGGUGGUGACGUGUCCAGCUUAGAGAAUGUCGACGGACUCGACAUGUGGGACUACUUGUCAAACGGAACGGGUUCCGCUCGCACCGAACUAGUCUACAACAUCAACCCUCUUGAACCGGAGGGGUCCUCCGUGGCAGCCAUUCGUGACACCCAGUACAAGCUUGUGCUCGACGCCACAGGUGCAGACAGCGAGCGCUAUCGAACGACGGGUGGACGUCGUCCGUUCAACGAUGUCGAUGAGCUGAUGGCCCAAUCCACAGCCGCUGAGGCGCUGAGAAAAUUUUACAACACGGAUCGCUUGGACUUGCCCAGCGACUGGAGGCACAGGGCGAGGCUCACAUGCGGGAAAGACUGCUACUGAACAUUUUUCCCCUGACGACAAAGUGUUCCUCUUUGACAUCGAGAAGGAUCCUUGCGAGCUCAACAACAUCGCAGAAGACCAUCCGGAGAUUGUGGCUGCCUUGAAAAAACGUUUAGACUACUUCCGAUCUGUGGCAAGCCCUCCAUUGAACAAACCAGUUGACCCGCAGAGCUUUCCAGAGAAUCACGAUGGGACGUGGGCACCAUGGAUUCAAGACCCUUAACACAUUGUUUAUUCACGUCAGCCAUAUACAUAUGCGACGCUCAAUAUAAAGAAAAACAUCUGUACAGAGCCAUGUGACAGGACGCUCAGAGCGCAAAGAGCAUGUCAUUUUUAAUAAAAAGAAAAUACUGUUGAAGACCU